AGUUGUCUUUCUUGCGAGAGACUGUCCCAGAUUCCCUCCUUUUUCGGAUGGUGGCAAUCCCGACUUGUCGUCCAAUAAGAACCACCCUCGCAGCACGCGGUAACCCCUAUCCCAUCUCAGAAGGUAUCAACUAUCAUAGCACAUUCCCUCAAUUUUUCCCUCCGUCUUCUUCUUGCUUGGCUAUUUGCCGGGAAAAAACCUAUUUCGUGACACCUCUCCACGAGGUCCACUGGAAGACCUCUUUUAAUCGUCUUUUCCCAUAUAUUCCAUGGUCAUCCGGAAUUCAUUCAUAAAAUAAUAAACUGAAAAUGCCUUCAGGGAAAUACGACAAGCCUGUAAUCAUCGACAACCAUGAUGGAACCGUAACUUUUAAAUAUGAUCCCCGUGAAAUUGGAAGCCACGAAUUGUAUAUCAAGCACAAUCUCGAACCUGUACAAGGUAGCCCAUUCAAAUUCCACGUAGAUAAUGUAGCAAAUGGAACUCUCACUGCAUAUGGAGAUGGUUUAGUUCAAGGGGUGGCUGGUGAACCAUGCAACAUCACUGUAUCCAAUAACAAAAGCAACGCAAUUGGUAAAAUAAAUGUUUCCGUUGAAGGACCAUCCAGAGCAGAAGUUACAUGCCACGAUAACAAAGAUGGCACAAUGAGUGUUAUCUAUGUACCACCAUCUCCGGGUGAGUACAAAGUGUCCAUAAAAGCAGGGGACCAACAUGUGAGGGGAAGUCCAUUCACGGCGAAAAUUACAGCCGAGGGUCGAAAACGUAGUCAAAUAACUUUAGGUCAUUCCAGUGAAGUCUCAUUAAAUGUCCAAGAAAAAGAAGUCAAAUGUCUCAAUGCAAGCAUAAUCGCACCUUCUGGAUUAGAAGAGCCAUGCUUUGUCAAGAAACGACAAGAUGGCUCCCUCGGCAUAUCUUUCACUCCAAGGGAAGAAGGAGAACAUCAGAUAAACGUGAAGAAACUCGGAAAGCAUCUUCCAGGCAGUCCAUUUAAAAUAAAUGUCCUUGUGAAGGAUAUAGGUAAUGCAACAAAAGUAAAGAUCACAGGAGCUGGCCUAAAAGAAGGCAAAACGCACACAGAUAACCAGUUUGUAUUGCAUACUUCAGAUGCUGGCUUUGGUGGAAUAAAUUUUUCAGUAGAAGGCAGAAGUGCUGCCGAACUUAAAUGCGAAGACAGAGGUGAAGGUGUCAUAGUUUGCUCUUACAAACCAUCUGAACCAGGAUAUUACGUCAUUAAUCUCAAAUUUGCUGAUCAUCAUAUACCAGGUAGUCCAUUUACUGUAAAAGUUACUGGUCCUGGGUCUAAUAACGUUAGAGAAACUAUCAAAAAGAAAGUUGAUCAAGCACCUGUCGUUGAUAUUGGACAAGAAGGGAAGUUGAUAUUUCGAUUACCAGGUACUAAUGCCUUCGACAUGGCUGGAAAAGUUACCAACCCAACUGCAGUAACAGAAGACGCUGUGAUCGUUGACAUGGAAGAGUGCCUGUACGGUGUGUCUUUCAUGUCCAAAGAGCCAGGAGUCCAUACAAUCAGUGUCAGAUCCAAGGAAAUUCACAUACCCGGUUCCCCGUUCCAGUUCACUAUUGGAAGUCUGCAGACAUUCGGAGCCCACAAGGUCCAUGCUGGAGGUCUUGGUCUGGAACGAGGUGGUGCUAAUGAGCCCUGUGAGUUCAACUUGUACACCAGAGAAGCCGGAGCAGGAGUAUUGAACAUUUCAGUCGAAGGGCCAUCAAGAGCCGAAAUAAAUAUGAAUGAAAUAAGUCCAGGAUCUCAUUGCGUAACUUACAAAGUCACUGAACCAGGAGAGUACAGAAUCGGUAUCAAGUUCAACGAUGAACCCAUCCCAGACAGUCCUUUUAAAACUUACAUUCUUCCGGACGUGGGUGAUGCCAGAAAGAUAGAGUUGGGACACGUACCUGAUGCCGGAUUGCAAGUCAACAAACCCAUUGCAUUCACCAUUCAGAUGAAUGGUGCAAAAGGCCUUAUUGAUGGUAAAGUUGUAUCUCCAUCGGGAACUGAAGAUGACUGUUUUGUAUCACCAAUUGAUGAAGAUUCUUGGGCUCUGCGAUUCAUUCCCCGUGAAAACGGUAUUCAUCAAAUACAUCUUAGACACAAUGGAACUCAUAUUCCACAAAGCCCUUUUAGGAUAGUUAUUGGACAUGACGAUGCUGACCCAGCCGCUGUACAAGCAACUGGUAACGGACUAAAGGAAUGUAAAUCUGGAGCUAAAACCGACUUCUUAAUUAACACAUGCAACGCUGGAUCUGGACAAUUAGCAGUUACCAUUGAAGGCCCUUCCAAAGUCUCCAUGGAUUGUACAGAAGUAGCAGAUGGUUACAAAGUGCGAUAUACACCACUGGCACCUGGAGAUUAUUUUGCAACAAUUAAAUACAAUGGAUACCAUAUUCCUGGAAGCCCUUUUAAAAUUCUAUGUACAGGAACGGCAGUUGCAGAACCUGGUACUAAAGAAACGUCAUCUGUAGUCUUAGAAACUGUUGCUAAACAAUCCAAGCAUAAAGGUGAUCACCUACCAAGGUUCCGCUCUGAUCCCGCAAAAGUUAUCAGCAAAGGGCCAGGACUCAAGAAAGCUAUAACCCAUAAAAUGAAUUCCUUUCAGAUCAACUGCCAAGAUGCAGGUCAAAAUAUUCUUUUUGUAGCCUUGUAUGGACCUAAAGGACCUUGUGAUGAACUUCAUGUGAAACACACAGGUCGAAAUAUUUACAACAUCACGUACAUGAUUAAAGAUAGAGGAGAGCACGUUCUUAUAGUCAAAUACGGAACUGAUCAUAUCCCCGGUAGCCCAUUCAAAGUAGACUGCACAUAGAUCCCUUACUUACAGCAUCCUUAAAAAAAAUUUCCAGCAUACCAAAGGUUUCAAACCAUCCUAAGACUUACCUUAGCUCUGCAGCUUACCUAUUCCCAGUAUAAUAAAUUUUGACCAAGUAGUCACGCUUGUACGCAAAAUGUUAUUGGAUUCUCUAUGCUUUACUUUUAAUUGAGUCCAAUCGGCUUUAUUUUUCAACCAAUAUGAGUCUUAUAAUGGUUUGAAUAAGCGGUUAUACGUCUGGAUUUCAAUAUUUUUGUGUCUUAAACUCAAUGUUAUAAAGUUAUGUUCUGUGCCUGUUGAAAAACAUUUUAUAGAAUAUUAAAUUAGUCAGAAAUAUUGAUACUAUUAACUAAUUACUUUCUCUAAAUAAACAGUUAGUGAUUUUAAAAGAAUGACAUGGAAAAGUUAAUGAAGCUUUAAAUGAUACUAGAUCUUUUGCCAAAGCUAAAUCGCGGAAGCUAAAUAUUGCAGUACCUGCAGUAUUUAGCUUUUUUUUAGUAAAGAAAAGUUUAAAUGGUAUUAAUUAAGAAACAUCAAAAUGUGUUUAUUUAUUAUUUUUUCUAAUUGUUAAAAUUGUGUUGUUAGCAGAUUUUUUUUUCAAUCUUUGUAAUUUCAGAUCCGUAAUCUUUUUAGAUUAUUCAUGGAGAAAAAAAUUCUAAUUAACUUUUUUUUUUAAAUUAUUUAAAUAAUAUACAAUUUUAAAAAAAAUUUUUGUAUUAUUUUAUAUACCUGACUGCUAUUUUAAUAGUUCAUCAUAAUAUUCAAUGUGCUAUAAUUUAAUAUCAGUCAACAAAUCUCAGCAACUUUUUUUUCUUCAAUUUGACCUCAAUUUAAAAA